AACAACAUGAAAAUGGACAACAAAACAGAUGUUGCAGAAUUUCUCCUCUUGGGACUCUCAGAGGAUCCAAAACUGCAGCCCUUCCUCUUUGGGCUGUUCCUCACCAUCUACUUGGUCACCGUGCUUGGGAAUCUGUUCAUCAUUCUGGCUGUGAGCUCAGACUCCCACCUCCACACUCCCAUGUACUUCUUCCUCUCCAAUCUGUCCUUUAAUGACAUCUGUUUUAGCACCACCACGGUCCCCAAGAUGCUGGUGAAUAUCCAGACGAAGAGAAAAUCCAUCAGUUACACGGGCUGCCUCACCCAGAUUUGCUUUGGUUUGAUUUUUGCUGGUUUGGAAAAUUGCCUCCUUGCUGUAAUGGCCUAUGACCGCUACGUAGCCAUCUGUCAUCCACUGAGAUACACAGCCAUCAUGAACCCCCGCCUCUGUGGUCUGCUGAUUCUACUUUCUUUAUGUGUUAGCAUCACAAAUGCCCUGCUCCACAGUCUAAUGGUGCUGCCUCUGUCCUUCUGCACAGACUUGGAAAUCCCUCACUUCUUCUGUGAACUUGGUCAAGUCCUUAAGCUGGCCUGCUCUGACACCCUCAUUAAUAACAUCCUUCAAUAUUUUGUGACCAGCGUGUGGGGUGGGGUUACUCUUCUUGGAAUCAUUUGCUCUUAUAUUCAGAUUGCCUCCUCCAUUCUGAGAAUCCCGUCAGUGGGAGGAAAGUAUAAAGCAUUCUCUACCUGUGGGUCUCACCUCUCUGUCGUUUCCUUGUUUUAUGGGACAGUGUUUGGUGUCUACCUUAGCUCCGCAGCCACGCUCUCCCCCAGGAAGAGUGCCAUAGCGUCAGUGAUGUACAUUGUGGUCACACCCAUGCUGAAUCCUUUUAUCUACAGCCUGAGGAACAGGGACAUGAUGGGAGCUUUAAAGAAACUCAUCUCAAGAAUAUCUUCUUUCUGUUGA